AGGACUUGUAUUCCGUUUCUCCUUUACCAUAAAACCUCUCCCAAUUGUUUUUUCCCCUCAAUUCUCACACGCCGCAUAGUUUCGUGACACUUCUCGCAUCUUUAUCUUUUUGGUAAGCGUUCGUCGUAACCCUAAAUCUCAGACGCUUUUGAUCGUCGAAUCUAGAUUGCGUAGCCUUCUUUCUAUCUCACAAUGGCUGAUGCACAUGAAAGUGAUAAGAACAUUGAGAUAUGGAAAAUCAAAAAGCUAAUUAAAGCAUUGGAAGCUGCUCGAGGCAAUGGUACCAGCAUGAUCUCUCUAAUUAUGCCUCCUCGUGAUCAAAUUUCUCGUGUUACCAAGAUGCUUGGCGAUGAGUUUGGAACUGCAUCAAACAUCAAAAGUAGAGUGAACCGACAAUCUGUUUUGGGUGCAAUCACAUCUGCCCAGCAGAGGCUGAAACUCUAUAACAAAGUGCCUCCAAAUGGUCUUGUACUUUACACUGGAACUAUUGUUACAGAAGAUGGGAAAGAGAAGAAGGUCACAAUUGACUUUGAACCAUUCAGGCCCAUAAAUGCAUCUCUCUACCUAUGUGAUAACAAGUUCCAUACUGAAGCUCUUAAUGAACUUUUGGAGUCUGAUGACAAGUUUGGAUUCAUUGUCAUGGAUGGGAAUGGAACCCUUUUUGGGACAUUGAGUGGCAACACUAGGGAGGUUCUUCACAAGUUUAGUGUUGACCUCCCUAAGAAGCACGGUAGAGGAGGGCAAUCUGCUCUUCGGUUUGCACGUCUUCGAAUGGAGAAGCGUCACAACUAUGUGAGAAAGACUGCUGAACUUGCCACCCAAUUUUUCAUUAAUCCUGCAACCAGUCAGCCCAAUGUUUCUGGACUCAUACUUGCUGGAUCUGCUGACUUCAAGACCGAACUCAGUCAGUCAGAUAUGUUUGAUAUCCGUCUCCAGGCAAAAAUAUUGAAUGUUGUGGAUGUUUCUUAUGGUGGAGAGAAUGGUUUUAAUCAGGCAAUUGAGCUGUCUGCUGAGAUAUUGGCUAAUGUGAAGUUUAUACAAGAGAAGAAACUGAUCGGCAAGUACUUUGAGGAGAUUAGUCAGGACACUGGCAAGUAUGUUUUUGGUGUUGAUGACACAUUGAAAGUACUGGAAAUGGGGGCUGUUGAGACACUUAUUGUGUGGGAAAAUUUGGACAUCACAAGGUAUGUGCUUAAAAAUAACACAUCUGGAGAAACUAUCAUAAAACACUUGAAUAAGGAUCAAGAGGCUGAUCAGAGUAACUUCCGUGAUCCGGAAACAAAUGCAGAGUUGGAGGUUCAAGAUAAGAUGCCAUUGUUAGAGUGGUUUGCAAACGAGUACAGGCGUUUUGGUUGCUCUUUGGAAUUUGUUACCAACAAAUCUCAAGAAGGAUCUCAGUUUUGUAGAGGUUUUGGUGGCAUAGGGGGUAUCUUGCGCUAUCAGCUUGAUGUUCGAGCUUUUGAUGACUUUUCUGAUGAUGGCGGAGUUUACGAGGACUCAGAUUAGCAAUUAAUCAACAACUGCACUGCUGGUGUAGGGAUGAUGGAGUGGGGAUCCUGCACCAGUGCGCGAGGGCUCGCCCCUCUCUAAGGCCACUCAAUGUAUUUCAUGAAACAUUCCUAGAAGCUGCUAAGUUUAGUAAUGCUGAAGAAUUGAACAUGACUGAUUUGAAGUACAAAGAUGCAAGACUUUCUACAUAAUCUUGGCAUUUUGGAUACUGUGAAUGUCUUAUCCCCACCUGUCUGCUCAACGACGAAGAUUCUUGUGUAGCAGCCAUCCAUCUAGGAAAGUUUCAUUCAGGUUUGGAGGAAUUAAGGUUUUCUGCUCAUUUCACCUCAUGAGAAAUGACAUGUUAUUUAGAGUUUGGAGUAUCAUUACUAUGCAGACAGAGUAGAACCAGUUGAAAUUUACAGUAAUAAUUGUAGGGGAUGAACCCCCCAUUAUUUGGUACUGUUGUGUUGGAUUAUUGACUGCUUGUCUGAUGUUUUAUUUUAAACUUAGAUGUUCAUCAAAUUUUAUGGAUCUUAAUUCUUAGUUGAUUUUGUUUGAUA